CAAAGUUUUUUUUUCUGCCGUAGGUUUAUUCGAUACCAUUUUUAUGAAUUUUUUGUGCAGUUCCUAUUAUUCGUGCAUAGAUCGAUGUAACGUGACACGGUAAAUCCCUGCUUCAACCAGACAUUACAGUAAAGAGAAUCGGAAAACUAUCGAGGCGCUGGACACUGUAAGCCGAAGUGUAAACAAUCAAUUUCAAUCACAGACUCAAGGAAUAUUCGGCAAAGUUAACAUUUGACACAAUGUCAACCAUGGAGGAAAUCGAAGCUGAGGAUGAAUUCCAAGACGCCCAGGAAAGCAUUGUUGCUCCAACGAGCAUGGAUUUGGAUACCGCAAUGGUCGAGGCGAAGCAGGCGAUUCACUACUUUUUUAACAAUGAUUUCGACCAAGCAAAAAAGAUCCUGGCACCAUGGGCUGAAACCAGUAUAUAUCAUGCUCUGGGUCACAGCACUUUCGCUUUUGUCGAGGCUAUUCUUACCUUUGAACAAAAGUACGUCGAGACGGCUGCAGAAACUCUGAAACAAUGCAUGUCUGUCUGUCAAAAACACCGCAGAAAGAACACCAUCGCCCAGAAUAUUGGAAAAAUAGUAAAAAAGGCAAAUUAUGACAGUUACACUACAGAGGAGCUACAUGCCGAACUUUGCUAUGCCGAGGCUCUCCUUAUCAAGAGUCUACUAACAUUCAUGGAAGACGAGACAUUGGUGUCGUUCGUCAAGGCAGGGUUCAAGAUAAGGACCUGCUACUUAUCGUUCAAGGAAUGCCAAACAAUUUUGAGAACUAGAAAAUGGACCAACGAUAAUCACAGAAUACAUUUCGAAAGCGGCGUUCGAAUGGGUAUCGGUACAUUCAAUCUAAUGAUAUCGUUGCUUCCUGGAAGAGUAAUCAAGUUAUUGGAAUUCAUUGGAUUUUCUGGCGACAAGGCGUUUGGACUGGAACAACUCGAGGCUGGCUACCGAGAGCCGAACGGCCUUCGUCAGGUGCUUUGCGCGUUGACUUUACUUUCCUUUAACUUAAUAGUGAUGUACAUUCUCUCCGACUCGAGGAGCGAUUUGAAGUGGUGCGAGUCGACGCUGGAUGAGGAAUUGAUGCUCUAUCCGAACGGAGCUUGGUUUUUGUUUUUUAAAGGAAGAUUGGAGCUGGUAAAAGGCAACGUCGAAGACUCUAUACAGUGGUACCAAAAAUCGAGGAAAAGUCAGACGAUAUGGCCCCAGUUCCACCAUCUUUGUUACUGGGAAUUGAUGUGGGCUCACUGUCUGCAGAGGCAGUGGGACGACGCCUUAAUUUACGCCAAUCACUUGGAAGCUGAAUCAAACUGGUCUAAAACUACAUAUAUGUAUCAAAAGGCGGCAAUUUUAAUGAUGAGGAAGGACAGGGAAGAUAAAGAGGCAAAAGAUGUGAUAAGAAAACUGAUGACUCAGAUGCCGACCCACAAGCAACGUAUCGCUGGCAAAUCUUUGCCAAUGGAAAAAUUCGUUAUAAGAAAGGCGGGACGAUUUUUCGCUCAGAAUGAAUCCCUGGUUUUACCCACUUUCGAGCUUCUUCUUGUUUGGAACAUGUUCAAGGUGUUGGGAACUCGGCCUGACCUACUUUUGAAUAUUUUCAAACUCGCCGAGGAAGAGGAGACUUCGUUGAAACUUCAACCAUCCGAUUACCAAGCGGACAACGAAGGUCUGGUUCUGUUACUGAAGGGAACUUGUCUGCGGCACAUGCGCAAACCCCUUCAGGCUGAAGAAUGUUUGCGGAAGGUUUUGCGCCUCGAUAAGCAAAUCAAGGACGAUACUUAUCUGCUUCCGUUCGCAGCCGUUGAGCUCGCCUUACUAGCUCGGGAUCAAGACAAGCCGCAGUUAGCCAUCGCUCUUCUGGAGGAUACGAAAAAAAAUUACACAGGUUAUUCUCUGGAGUCGAGACUUCAUUUCAGAAUCCAUUCCACUCUGCUCGAACUUACUGGUAAAAAACCUGAAGAAAUUAUAGGAGUUUCUGUAAAUGGUAACGGCGCAGAGGAAACUGACGCGAGCACAUCUACAUAAUAUUAAAUAUUUAUUCAUCGAUUAUUCUAACUGCAAUUAACGAUUAAAACUUCUCAGAUUCGUUAACUGCUGUACUAUUAGUGUAAGAUUAUUGGUACUAUCGAUUAAUUUUAUUAUUAUCUUCCACUUUUUUUCUGUUGGUUCAUGUUUAUCCGACUUACUCUCUCUAUACUCAUAAUUCUCUCUUAUAACAGAAUUGGUGAUAUUCUUGGACUAGUGAAAACGAUUGAAGAAAGUAUAUUGAGGAAAGAAAUGCGGGUUGAAGCCAACUCCGCGUAGAUGCGAUAUACAUGGAGAUAGAUAUUUCUCGCAGAUAGUUGAAGGCUUUUAGGUGUAGAUUUUGUGAGAAAUUUGUAAAAGUUUUAGUACCGAUGGUGCAAGGUGUGCCAGAAGUGUUGUAU